AUGCUAGACUAUCAUCACGUGGCUGGUUAUGAAGGUGGAAUCGUUGCCUUAGAUGAGACCAGGCUUGUUCGACUUCCACCUACCGAAGAUAUUGAUUCAAAUACUAGGCCAGGAAUUGCUGAACACGAGGUGCAAGAAGAUGAAGACCACUCCACUUCGUCGGAUGUGGUUAUAUACUGUAGAGAAGAAAGAACUGGACCCGCAUUAUUGUCACCUGAGCCCGUGGCACCUGCAGUUACACCUGGAAAUGAUGGUUCCUUAGCAGAGGUUAUAAGUUGUAGAAGAGAAGGUGUGUCAGGAAUGGAUGCUCAAAUGACCAAUGUUGAACCGUCAGUACAUGAAUCAAGCAGUGACAGAAGUGAAGACACGGCAGAUGAAAAAAGCUGCAUUGACGAACAUAACAUCGGAACAGCACAGAAGAACACGGAUGCCAUGUUUCACAGAUCGGAAGAGAGUGAACACAAUUCUUCCCAUGAAGGCACAAGCGACAGUGACGAUGUCUCUGAAAAUGAAGACAUAUGUGAUUUAAAUGAAAACCAAAUAGAAAGGUUUAAACGUCUGGAAUCUAAACUAAAUGGGUUUACCAGGCGAAAAAGACAUUUUUCGGAAGGAGACGCACAGGGAUUGGUUGAAUCAUCACAAUGGUCUUCACGUUUUAGAUACACCCUUGAGAUUUCUUCAGAAAGACUGAUUGGAAGAAGAAGAUGUUAUUCGGAAGGUGAUGCCGGAACAACGUCUCAUAAAUGCAGAAGCAGCCUUGACAGAUACCAUUCCGGAUAUGAGUUUUAGAUAAUUGAUUUUUGUAAAGAAAAGUUCUUAGAGCGUGUGUAUAAUAAAUUCAUGUGACGAUGAAUGUUCAUUGAUUGCAGUGACAUUUAAGUGCCUUUAAGACAUCAUUUGACAAAGAUGUGUUAAUACUUGGCUAUCGCCUGUUGCGUAUCGGAAUGGGCGAUACAUAUUUUAUUAGCCUCUUUCCGAGACAAAUGAACGUACAUAUGGUGUUGGUCUCGUUCCUAGAUCGGGAUCGGACUUUGUGUUUGCGCUGUUUGAAAUAAAUGGUGUUAUGGUGGUACAUAAGCGUUGCAAAAAUGCAUAUAUUGUUUCAAGUGAUGGAUUAUCAAGUGGAUAUAUAAAAAUAAUGCCAGUAAAUAAGGGAAGUAAACAAUAAAAUCGGAACAGCAGUAGAAAUAGUGGUGGUGUAGUACACACAAUAAAACAUUGUAGACAAAGAGGCCCGUCAUGCGAUUUGGACACAUCGUUAUGUGAUUUACUGAAUCAAACUAACUCUGUCUUAUAGGGCAGCGAUACAGAACUUAUUCAGACGGCGGAUGCUUGUGAGGUGUUUUUGUUGGUAAGGAUGCAAGUGUGGUUCGUGGGAGAAUGGCGAGUGAUGGGGGCAACCCUGCAUCAAUGCUCUAAUUGACACAAUACAGUUUCUUGUACAGCGCGUCGUAUCCAAUGAAAAGAGACUAGACGGUAUUCAGUCGUUAGAGAAGAAGGUCGAAUAUUUUUAAAAAGAAAUUCGAAAUGUAUGGAUUGCGAUCGAGGACCAUGUUGAAGCAACUGGGUAGAGGGUUAACCGACUGAAGGACAGGACAGAGCUCUAUAACAUGUGUUCCAUAUGGUAGGAUUCAGCGACAUGGAGAGGCAGCGCGACGAUUGCAGGAGGAGGUUAUCUACCUCUAGUGUCAAUCAAUGAGACAAAACUUCGUAAUCACAAAUAUAAAAUACGACAAAUCGAAAAGUAACGCGACAGCAGAAGUAACGGAACGGAAGCUGAGUUAGCAUAAUUAUGCAGUCAGCACUGAAGCUCUCUAAGGAGAUGACAGAUUCCAUCAAGUUUAAAAGAGUUCACCGCUCACUGGCCAACCAAAAACCGGAUAAACCUAGGAACAUUGUGGCCAGCUUGACAUUUUUCAGGAUCUUAAACGUGUUCGUAUGGAAUGGAAGCAAAUCAAGGGUACCAAUUACUCUAUGAAUGACAAUUUCCAAAGGCGGUAUCCGACAAGCGUCGAAAACUAGUUAAACAGAUGAAGGACGCUAGGAACAUAGGAAAACUUGGGUAAACUUUCAAUUUUCUCGUGGAACGUCUAAGUACUUUCAAAGGUGAAACAACAAUUAUCUGACUUUUUUUAUAUUAUGGCUUCUAUAUGAAUAUUGUUAUUCUUUCUAACUUUGUAUAAAUAUUUAAAAAAAUAAAAUCAAAGAAACAAUUUGAAAGCUUAAAAGAAAUUUUAGGUAGCGCGUAUGUGUCAUAAACCACAAUUACAUGUACCUAUUUUUGUUUUACUAUGCCUUUUAAUCUAAAUAUGCAAAAUCAAUUUGCUGACUACAAUUUAUGCAUACAGUUACUUAAAAAAUAUAUAUUUCCUGAAAAAUGUCUUUAUUUUGAAAAUGCUACCUAUUAUUGUUUUUUAUGCCUUCUAUUCAUCUGCAGAUACUAUUUGCUUGUUACAAUGUUUACAUACGUCAAAUAUGUAUAUAUACCGCCACAUCUAAUACUUUGUUCUCAAUAAAUACUUGUAAAUAUUUUUCCAAGACAAUAUUACAGGCAACUGUCUUAAAGUUACAUCAUUCUUUUCAGUUUGUAAAUUGUGAUGACAUACAGCUGUGUUUUUUCCUUGUAAAUAUGUGUUAUGCAAUUGCUAACAAAGACAUAAUAUGUUUUUUUACAGUACUGCCCCUUUAAUAUUUUACUUUUUAAUUUUACAGUACUGCCCCUGGAUGUUGUUCACGUCAUCGUGUCAUCGCUUCUCAAUUGCGUCAUCCGAUACACUUUCACUGUUCUUGGCUACAUUGAUUUUUUUACGUCAUCGCUUCUAUAUUGCUUCAUACGACACACUUUCAUUGUUUUAAUCUACAUGCAUAGGUCAUUGGGUUUAUAGCAUUCAAUUUUAUUAUAUUUUCUCUCUGUUUCUUGUUUGAUUUAUUUUUUAGGCAGUCACAUAAACAUCCAAGCUAUGUAAUAUGGGUCUGUUUCACCCAUUGUUGCUGCAUCUUCCUGUUUUUGCGCGAUGAUGAUCUGAAAAUGUUAACUUUAUGAUGCUAUAUUCUUAAAUCUUUUUUUAUAAAGAAGGGAUGUAGUUGACACUUGUUAGUAGUUUCAUUUUAUCGUUUCUCAAAAAGUUGUAACUCUGUUGCUCUGUUCUCUUUCCUACCAUUGAGUAAUAAAAUGGUUAUUUAAUUGAAUGCGUUUUAAUUCCCUUUUAUUAUUGUUUAAUUUGAGUUGCAAUGCUACGAGGUUAAAUUGUAUCUACCCUUAUAUUUUUCAUGAAUAUUGCUGAGCCAAGUGUGAUGUUGAGCGCUCUAAAACCGGGUUAAACCAACAAUGCUUUGCAUUGACCGUUCCAAGGCGGACUAUGUACGGAACCGUAUGCCUCGGAACUAUGUAUGGAGACCUAUGCCUCGAGACUAUGUAUGGAGACCUAUGUCCCCGAGAUUAUGUAUGGAGACCUAUGUCUCGGGACUAUGUAUGGAGACCCAUGUCUCGGGACUAUGUAUGGAUACCUAUGUCUCGGAACUUUGUAUGGAGACCUAUGCCUCGAAACUAUGUAUGGAGACCCAUAUCUCGGGACUAUGUAUGGAGACCUAUGCCUCGGGACUAUGAAUGGAUACCUAUGUCUCGGAACUAUGUAUGGAGACCUAUGCCUCGAGACUAUGUAUGGAGACCUAUGCCUCGGGACUAUGUAUGGAGACCUAUGUCUCGGAUCUAGGUAUGGAGACCUAUGCUUCGAGACUAUGUAUGGAUACCUAUGUCUCGGUACUAUGUAUGAAGACCUAUGCCUCGAGACUGUGUGACUCGAUACCCUAGGUAUGGAGCCUUAUAGUGUGUGUAUGAAGGUAUGUGACUUAUAUAUCAACUAUUAGCGACCCGGGCUGCUGAGGGGUAGGAAUCCAACUUCAAGGCUCUCAGAACGUUUGAAGAGGAAAGCCAGUCCCUAUGUGCCCAAAGUCCUUAAUGUAUGUUAAUACUAUCAUUUAAUUACCUAUUUUCGCGAUGUUAACUCGACGAAGUCGGGAGCAAAACUGACUGAGAGAAAACGCGCGCUUUUAUACUGUCUUUUCAUGCGGCGUUACUCGGACAUUUCCAUAGUGAUACAGUUGAGAUCUACGUAAUAGUGGUUUGACUUAAUUAUAUAGCAUAAUAAUGAGGUUCUGGUCUUUAUCAACGCAAUAAACAUUUAUUAAACAAAUGGAUAUAAAACAGCACACAACGAUACAUUUCUAGGCAUAUUUUCAACAAUGAAUAAAAUCUCGGCAUUGCUUACCGGAAAUCAAUGGACGCUUUUAAUAUAUUAACUAAAAAGAACAAUAUACCAAAAGAAUAAUGAACGUAAGUAAAAUGGCGGUAGGUUAAAAUUACCACAAAUAAAGGAUCAACUAAUUGUAUAUGAGAUUGCAAAACUGCUCUAGCAGUUUGAGUUUCUCUUCUUUAUAGUGUGAUCGUGUUCAUAAACAAAAGUAAUUUUUACACCUUUUAGAGUAUAAUGUAUAGGGAAAAUGAUAUGCUUUUGUACAAUAUUGAAAAAUAAAAUAAACAUGGUCUAUAAAAUUAAGAAUUAACUAUAGAUUAUAAGUAUUGUGUGUAAGUCAUUCUUUCUGGUAAAGUUAGGGAUUUCUUUCGACCUUCUAUGUUUAUUGC